GAAAGUUGCUUGCCAAACUCCAUUCUCCGGGCUUCAUCGCAGUUGAUAUUCAACACGCAGAGGAGGAGGAUUUUUUUCUGGGCAUUUGUGAGCCAAGGUCAGCCAAAACACAAACAAGCUGCCAGUAAAAUUUAGUCACGGAAAAUAACAAAGAGUGAUACGUGGUUUGGCCGGAAACUCCCUUAAGAUCAGUGGAAGAUCACCUCAAGAUCAGGGAAAAAUCGAUCACGAUCGUGGAGUGAUGUGCUAAGUGGCUGAGAAAUCAGUGAAAAUUUCUUAUCUGGUGCACUGGGAGUUCGUGUUUGAGGUGAAGAAGACGCAAGGAGGCCAUUAUGUGUAACUACAAGGUCGCUCGUUCGGCUCUGCAGAAGCUCUUCGUCUACGGAACGCUGAAGAGGGGUGAACCUAAUCAUUACUGGUUCAAGAAGUCCAGCAACGGAUAUGCCAAGUUCGUCUGCAAAGCUGCCACAACCAAGAAGAUGCCACUGGUAAUCGCCACAAGAUACAACAUACCCUUCCUGCUGGACAAACCUGGGCAUGGGAACUACGUAGCUGGGGAAAUCUACGAGGUAGAUGACAGGAUGAUGGAAAAGAUUGAAAACCUCGAAGGACGUGAUCUUCUCACUCGUGACAUUCAAGAUAUGAACAUGGGACUUCAGGAAGGAAUCGUACCGUGCUGGGUGUUUCUGCUGAAGAACUACCCAGAGUACCUGGACACCCUGCCCUACCUCUCUGAGUACAAGAACACAGUGAGGCAUCCCUAUGGACCUCGAUCGGAGCGAGAAGAGAAGAUUGUGGCAAAGAAUGACUUACUUUACAACUUAUUCAUCUGAAGAUGAUCUUGUGAUCAAAGAAAACGGAGCUUGUCAGCGAAAUUGCACUUCAGGAGACCCUCGGUCAGUGUCUCAUCUCCCAACUCUGUUGAGUAUUUGUUUUGAUUGAGAGUCAAUGAUUAAAUUUUUGUAUAACAACAAA